UCGCCAUCGUCAUUAUCAGAUUUGGCAGAUUUCCUCGGAAAGAAGAGAUAAAAGAAGGCCGGUGUUGAGAGAGCGAACAGUUCAUCAUGCGGCCGACAACAGGUCUACUGUUGUUCCUGGUUGCCCAGCUCUUUCAAGGCUCGGAACAAUCCACCUGGUUCGAUUACGUGCCCCUUGUUGACGGAAACUGCGUUGUCGAGGGUCAAACGAUUCCGUUACACCAGAGCAUCUCUCUGUCGGGUCCCUGCGAAGUCUGGAGCUGUUCCCCGGAGAAUGCCACGCAUGGACUCGUAAGCGCUAAUGGCUGCAGCGUGACGAAGGUCUACGGUGACGCAGCGUGCACGAUGAAGCCUCGCGAGGGUGCCUACCCCAAGUGCUGCCCUACCGUCGAUUGCGGCAACGCUGGCGUAGCCGUUGUAGGAUAAAGGCGUUCGGUGCUUAACUUAAGCACGCAAGCUU